CAAGGCCGGUAUAUCUCUCCGGCCUAGGCCCAGACCAGGUUGGUCAUUCAUUCAAUUGUUUGUUCAUCCAUUGAGUCGGAUUGGACGUUCACUCAGCUGCUGCUUCUCGUGUGUGUCCAUCUCCUCCUCUCUCUCUCUCUCACCAUCUCCGCAUGUGCCCUCUACAAGUGCAUCACACAUGGUGUCAAUUCUCCAUUGGGGGAGUGAAGAGGAAGAAGGCGUGAAGGAGGUUGGCUAUGGUGAACGGGUAAAGGAGGCGGAGGAAAGAAAAGGUGUGAGCGUGAUUAGCUAUGGUGGAUCGGUGAAGGGGGUGGAGGAGGUUGGCUAUGGUGGAUGGGUGAAGGAGGCAGAGGAGAGAGAAGAUGUGAGGGUGGUUGACUAUGGUGGAUGGGUGAAGGAGGUGGAGGCGGAAGUAGGUGUGGAGGAGGUUGGCUAUGGUGAGGAGGAGGAAGGCGGUGUGGAGGUGGUAGGCUAUCAUGGAUGGGUGGAGGAAGUGGAGGAGGGAGAAGGUGUGAAGGUGAUUGGCUAUGGUGGAUGGGUGAAGGAGGUGGAGGACGAAGGAGUGGAGGUGGUUGGCUAUGGUGGAUGGGUGAAGGAGGUGGAGGAGGAAGGAGGUGUGGAGAAGGUUGGCUAUGGUGGAUGGGUGAAGGAGGUAGAGGAGGAAGAAGGUGUGAGGGCGGUUGGCUAUGGUGGAUGGGUGGAGGUGGAGGAGGAAGGUGGUGUGGAGGUGGUUGGCUAUGGUGGAUGGGUAAAGGAGGUGGAGGAGGGAGAAGGUGUGAAGAUGAUUGGCUAUGGUGGAUGGGUGAAGGAGGUGGAGGAGAAAGGAGUGGAUGUGGUUGGCUAUGGUGGAUAGGGUGAAGGAGGUGGAGAAGGAAGGCGAUGUGGAGGUGGCUGACUAUGGUUGAUGGGUGAAGUAGGUGGAAGAGGGAGAAGGUGUGAAGGUUGUUUCAUUGUAUGACAUUUUAAAUCCCUUUAAACCCUAUA